GAACAGAUUUACCCUAUAAGAUUAUUAAAAAUUAAAAUAUAAAUCUCAUAUAUAUUUGUAAUGUGUAAACAAGUAUAUGCAUGCAUGUGUGUCAGUAUAAUGUGUGAUAGUUUCCGACGUAAUAAUUACAUAUACCCGCGACGCUAUUGUCUUGGACGUUGGUACGAUGCUUCGAAGCUGCUCGACUUAUAGACAAAUAUCGAUUACAAACGGAGAGCUACUAAUUUAAUAUCAGGAUCGAACGCCGCAGCCGUUAUAGUUCCGCGUUCGUCUCGCGCGUUGUCUCAGUGAUACCGGGUGACGACCGUCGAUCGGACGUGUUCUUUUCCGGAGCGUGUUUUUGGUGAGGAGAAGAUAUGUGGGGUCACAUAUUGAUCUCGAUCAUUAUCCUGCUAACGUCGUUGCUCUAUCAUUAUCACUUCAGCGAGCCAGCCAGCUUUAUCGAUUAUCCCGAGACACAUUAUGAUUACAUCGUCGUCGGCGCUGGUACGUCCGGUUGCGUGAUUGCAUCACGACUCUCGGAAAUGUCAAACGUGACCGUUCUGCUCGUGGAAGCCGGCGGAUAUUUCGGAUGGACAUCGAUUAUACCGCUCUUAGCGCCGAUGAUGCAAGGCACCGAAGUCGAUUGGGCCUAUAAAACGGAGCCGCAAGUCUUCUCGUCUCGAGGGUUCAACGGCUAUAAACAAAACUGGCCGAGAGGAAAGGGAUUGGGUGGGAGCGGGCAGCUUAAUUACCUCGUCCAUUCCUUUGGGAGGCCCGAGGAUUACAAGAGAUGGCCCAAGGGCUGGUCGCACGCUGAUUUGCUCCCCUACUUUCAAAAAGUGUCCGAUAUUAUGAACGUUGUCCCGAUGCCGGAGGAAGAGUAUCUAACAAAGGCCUUCGUUCUGGCCGAAGAAUCCUUGAAGCUGGAUAACGUAUCCUUGCGAAAGGCGAUGUACACCGCGAAGAAAGGCACUAGGUGGAGUACAUAUCACGCUUACUUACAGAAGGCUUGGAACCGCAAGAACUUACAUAUCCUCACGAAUAUGCUCGUUACAAAGAUACUUUUCAAGAAUAAUAAAAUCGAUGGCAUUAAAGUGAUGUAUAAAAACGGUUCAAUCGGGAAGAUUAGCGUGAGAAAGGAAGUGAUCCUUUGCGCAGGCACUGUCAACACUCCGCAGUUACUUCUGAUCUCCGGUGUAGGACCAAUCGGAGAAUUGGAGAAGCAUAAAAUAUCUGUGGUACGAGAUCUUCCGGAGGUAGGCCGAAAUCUGUUCGAUCAUCUGAACGUGCCCGUUUACGUGAAUCUGCGAGAGCGCGUCAGUAUCACGCUCAUAAAAUUGCAAACUGUGCCAGAGGUGUUCAAUUAUUUCACCUUCGGAACCGGAUGGUUGGCUACUAACGGCGUAAUGGGAUUGGGGCGUGCUAAUAACAGUGGCCUCCUUCUCUUCGGAGUGGCGUCCACGGAGGAAAAAUUGCUGAAGGCCAUCUCAAAUUUUGAGACCGAGACGUAUAGAUCGCUAUUUCCAUCGUAUAACGAUAGCAUGCAUGAGGGAUUCAUUUAUCUCGUGUCGUGCCUGCAACCCAAGAGUCGCGGAAGCGUAACAUUAAGAUCUAGCGACAUCCACGAUCCGCCAAGAAUCGAUCCAGCGUAUCUCCAAGACUCUAAUGACGUCACGUGCACCUACCGAGCUCUAAACUUUGCGCUGGAGACUCUUAAUACGAGACUCUUUCGCGAGUACGGUGCAAAGGUGCACAUGCCCGAUUUCGAGGAAUGUCGUCAUUUACGACCGGAUUAUCGGGACUUUGAUUAUUCGGAGUGCGUCAUGAGAAUCGCAGGGCUCACGUCUUAUCAUCCAUGCGGCACAUGCAGAAUUGGCGCGGUUGUGGACGAGGAAUUAAGGGUGAAAGGCGUGAGUGGAUUAAGGAUAAUGGACGCCAGCGUAGUGCCGUCUCCAAUUUCCGGCAUGCCGAAUUCAGUUCUCGUCGCGAUGGCCGAACGCGCAUCCGACGUCAUUCUGGAUCGAACGUUUAAUUGAGAACCGAGAUAUUCAUUAUGUGUAAUAUGUAUAUAUACGAUUUGUAUUAAUAAAAAGAAAAAAAAUAACGUACGCAGUUCAGGCGUUGCAGUUGUGAUUAACCGUCGAUGAUCGAUUGUAGUCUAGGAAAAACAGGAUUUAACAGGAAGACGAAUUCAGGAAUGAACAAUAUCCAUGGUGCUCCAAGUUUUUUGUAAUUUAUAAUUAAUGGUAAAGUUUUUCUUUUGUUUUACAGUAAUCGAACAGUUAUUAAUAGUCUCUAAUUAAAUUUCGAUUAAUUUUUAUACAAACAAAAAGGGUGAGUUACACUCAACGGCAUAGCCACGAAUCCCUGCCACCCCGCCCGCGCUCGGAGUAUAAAGAAAAAAAAAAAAGAAACUUAUAUUUUUUUUACACGCUCCCUCCGUUGAAGAGGAUUUCUUUCACUCCAAUUCCCGUCCGGGCUCGUUUGCGAUGUGUGGCAGAGUUUCGACGUUCUUCCUAUCCGACUUUCGCAUCUUGCCUCUCUCUCUCUCUCUUUCUCUCUCUCUCAUGCAUAUCCAUACGCAAAUACAUACGUUCUUUUCUCGUCUUUCCUAUUUCGCUUUCUACAAGUUUUCACUUCUUUCAUGAGAAUCGUAUUGGUAUUUCUCUUCGCAUCGAUCGUCACUCUCUUCUCUCUCUACA